AUGUCUAUAAGCAAACCAAUUUCAAAACAGGUGCGGACUUACCAGCCCACGUAUCAGUUAAAUCCAAAGAAACGUUUUAACAUAGAAAUCGUAGAAAAAAUACUCAAACGUAUUGUAAGCUCAGAAUUGGAAGAGGUCGAAUAUAGUGAGAAACAGAUACCAGAUCUUUGCCUAAGUUUGACAGAAAACAUAAGAGCAGCAAUAAAAGAAGAAAAUUAUGACAGGUACAGGAUAAUAGUAGCUGUAACAAUCGGCCAGCGCCGACAGCAAAGUGUGCACAUGUUUCAUUCCUUCCUUUGGGACCACGAACGGGACGCUUUCGCUACAUAUAACUUUGAAAAUUGUCACAUAUACGCCAAUGCUGUUGUCUAUGGAGUGUACUUUGAU